AUGGAAGGUUUUUUUCCUUAUUUUUCAGACUAUGGUCCCCACAAAGCUGUAAUGCCUGGGCAAGUUAAAUGUUUCGUGUCAGGCUGCAGCAGUUUGUGGUACAGCAAUAGCAAACAAACCGAAACAGGAAAAUUUAGUUUUCACCGUUUGCCUAGCGAUCAGCUCCUUAUUGAGAAAUAUCAAAACAUUUUAAAAACCACAGUUUCGAACACAAAAAGCGCACGUGUUUGUGGGGCCCAUUUAAAAAACGGAAGACGGGAAUAUGCUAGUGAAUUUCCUCUGAGGCAGAAUCCUCAAACAAGUUCUGUAAACCAUACAGGAACGAAACGAAAAGCCCUAAUACUCAGGGGACUUGUUCCACAGCCCAGGCCCAGAAACAAAUAUUUUAAAACAUUUAAAGAAAAACUUCUGAAAAAGCAAUUCGACAAAAAACAGAUAGAGGUUAAGAGUUUGAAAAAGCAAGUUAGUAAAUUGCAAAAAGUUCAUGAUGAAUUGAAAAGUUGUAAAGAAGAAAUUGGAGUGUUGAAAAAUCAACUAAAAGAAAGUAAAUUUAGUCAUGAACGAUUUAUUGGUGAUGACAAUAAGAUGCUUUUCUACACUGGAUUAACAAAUGAGCAAUUUCAUACACUUUGGGCAUUUAUAGAGCCUGAAAUGUGUAGCCUUGCUUUGCAAUAUGAAGAUUUGGCAGAUAGGUUUGGAAUAUCAUCAAGACAGGCAGUCUCAAGAAUUUUUGAAGGCUGGAUAACAUUCCUGAAUAAUUUAGUCAGCAAAGUAAAUUUAUGGCCAAGCAUUGAUUAUAUUGAUGAGUACAUGCCAGAAAAUUUGAAGCCUAAUUAUGCAACCACUAGAGUAGUAUUAGAUUGCACCGAGAUUAAAGUUCAAAGGGCCUCUAAUUGUGAUCUACAAUCUAUGAACUUCUCAUCGUAUAAAAACUGUGCUACUGUGAAGGGAUUAGUAGGCAUCACUCCAGAUAUAUUGGCUGUUUCUUCAGUGAUCUUAUGCCAGGAUCAAGAUCAGUCAGGAGUACUUGAUCUAGUAGAGCCUGGGAGGGGUGUGAUGACGGAUAGAGGAUUUACCAUAGAAGAUGCAUGUGUAGAGAAGGGACUGUAUCACUUGGCACCACCAGACGGAACAAUUUAG